UAAUAUUAGAUAAGUUCAUAUAUAUUAAGUAAUUAAUUUUAAAUUUGUGAAAAUUAGGUGAAUAAACAACCUUAAAGCUUAGACAUAGAAAUACAAAUAAAAAAAGAGAAGACCUGCUUUUUUUGAAAUCCUAAACCCCCUUUCAUUCAAGUUCAAUCCUUGCCAUUGUUUAUAAUGUAGAGAAUAGUUUUUUUUUUUUUUUAAAAAAAAUAAUUGCCAUGUCAUAUUUCAGCUAUUAUCCUAAGGUUAGGUGGCUAAUCUGUCUAGCUUUGUGCCACUGGUUGAAUUAGCUAGGCAAAAAUUCGUCUCAUUAAGGACUCGCUUGGUUUGAUGUAAACCAAACAGGUCUGAGUGUAAGUUGCCAUACACUAACUUGUUUUCAUAUACAAAUGAUAAUGCGUGAAAUAUUGAAACAUACAUUAAUUGACCGUUUAUAAUAUAUUAACGUGUCUCGUUUCGAUCUAGAGUAAAAUCUCGACCAUGUAGCAACCUGUGAGUUGUCUUUAUCUCAUACCAACAUUUAAAAUAAGUGUCAUGCAUCUCAGGAUGGGAGGUACAGGCCAAGGUGAGAUGCCUUCCUUCAUUGACUAGCCUUUGACACAAAUAGACAACCCGGCAAAGGCCAAACUAUAUAUUACCUUCAGACAAAUAUUAAUUCCAAAUCAUCAUCUUCUUCCACUGCUUCAUGAAACUACUUUAUCAAAAGUUACAAGUCAGCUUGUAUUGUUAAUUCUUGCCAAAAACAACUACAAAGAAUGCAAAUGUUUAAGGGAACUUUUCAAUCUUAAGUAGAAAGCAAGCAAAAAAUAAAGGAGCCAAAAACACAAACUUUUCUUGUUUUUGCUAGUCUUAAGCUAAGCAUAUAUGCCAAUGCAACAAACCAAUGCAACACGGUCCUAACAAAUUUACAGCAUAAAUCACAAUAUUUUCUUUUCCCAGUAGCUAACAGAAUCUAAUAUACACUAAAAUACUAGUAGGUUCUAUGUUUAGCAUUUCUUCAUCUGCACAUCUUGUAUAGUUCUGGGUACAAAAUCAUCCUUUUAUAUAUAUUACGACAAAACGACCUUACAUACGUUCUAUAUAUUCUUGUUGCUCUUCAUAAUAAUCCUGGAUACUCUUGCACUACCGACUUCAGUUUACAUAUGAGUGACCAUUUUACAUCAGUGGUCAUCUAUACUAUUUGAGUGUUCAAAGUUUACGACGAUGAGGCUUGUUUAUCUCAUUUUAGUACUCCUUCUAUUCACACAUUGUGAUGCAAGGAAAUCAGUUAUGUUGUCUAGAAAGUUAUCAAGUCCUAAGAAUCAAAAUAUGAAACACUUGAAAAUUUUGGAUUUGGCAAAAAACUUGAAUAUGCUAUUAGAUGUAUCAGUGAAAGAUUCAUCAAAUGCUGAAGCUUAUGUAAGCUCCCCAUUUAGUUUACCACCGUAUGAUUCUUUAGCUCCAGAAUCAUUACCUGACAAUAGUAAUACACCACCAUUUUGUGUAUACCCACCACCCAACCCACAAACCCCUUCCACUACUAUUCCAAGCCCGGUCGACUAUAACCCAACACCGCCUUCAAGCCCAUCUCCUUCGAGUCCUACUGAUGUCUUACCUUCCCCUGCCACGCCGAACUUAUCUCCUAGCCCACCAAGCAUCGUUCCUGAGCCUCCGGAGAAUGAACCAAACCCACCUAACUAUGAACCAAGCCCACCAAGUGGCAGCAUUCCAAGCCCACCAAGUAGUGGUGACAUCCCAAGCCCACCAAGUUACAACAUUCCAAGCCCAUCAAGUGGUGGCAUUCCAAGUCCACCAGAAAAUGAACCAUCUCCAAUAGGCUUUGAACCAAGCCCACCAGUUUUCGAGCCAAGUCCACCAGUUUUCGAACCACCAGUAGUGUAUCCACCACCAACGGUACUUCCAUCACCACCCAGUGGUGGUGGUGGACGUGGCUCGGGUGGGGGUGUUUGGUGUGUCGCGAAACCAUCAGUACCGGACCCAAUUAUCCAAGAGGCUAUGAACUAUGCAUGUGGAUCAGGUGCUGAUUGUGGCCCAAUACAACCAAAUGGCCAAUGUUACCAUCCUAACACACUUCUAGCACAUGCUUCUUAUGCCUUUAAUAGUUAUUGGCAAAGGACCAAAGUUGCUGGAGGCACUUGCUCUUUUGGAGGGACUGCAAUUCUUGUCACUGUAAAUCCAAGUUCACAAGGAUGUUAUUUUGUUAGUACUUAAUCACUAGGUGCGAGGAUGUCCAUAUCUAUUGAAGGCCAAGUAAUAAUUGUUGUCCAACUUCAGUAAACAUCUAACGACACAUGCCAAGGACUUUGAAACAAUGGCUCAAUUCAAGUUGGAUAAUUCCAAGGCUAUUUGUAGCAAAAAGAUUAUUAUUUUUUUUUUCCUUUAUUGAAUUGGAAUUAGGAAAAGUCAUAAGUUUUGUACUAGAUUCGAGUGACUGUUAAGCCACUGAAUGAAUUAUCAAAAAUAGAUAAAAAAAAAAAAAAAAAAAA